UUGCAGUGUGCGUCAUGUCGAAUCAUCGCGUAACAGUAAGCGUUUGACGCGGAUACCUGUUGCACUGCAGUAGCAGCAAGGCAAACGAAGCCAUUUGGUCGCGUACCACCACCGCGGUUAGCCAAGGUGUCCAUUAGACAGCAGCGACUGUAUACGCCCGCAGACGACCUACCGACCUACCGACCGACCGACCGACCGACCGACCGACCACUCGAGACGACACACAAUGGCCGGCAACAACAACGACUACGCUUGCCAGGACUGGAACGCGUCGGACGUCGCGGGCGGCACCAGCAUCGUGAACUUCUACGACGGCGAGUCGGUGUUCGUCACUGGCGGCACGGGGUUCGUGGGCAAAGCGCUGAUCGAGAAACUGCUCAGGUCGUGCCCGGGCCUGAAGACCAUUUUCCUGUUGAUCAGACCGAAGCGAGGCAAGGACAUACAGCUCAGGUUCCAAGAGCUGUUGGAAAAUCCGGUGUUCGAUCGCAUCCGGUCGGAAGUGGAUUCGGAAAAAACGUUCGCCAAAGUGGUGUGCAUCAGUGGCGAUGUGUCCGAUCCCGAUCUGGGCUUGAGCGCCGAAGACCGGCGGAAGCUUAGCUCCGAGGUGACGAUCGUCUUCCAUUCGGCGGCCACCGUCAAGUUCAACGAGACCCUGCGCACCGCCGUCACGCUCAACACGUUGGGCACGCAGCGUGUAGUCGACCUUUGUCGUACGAUGAAAAAUCUGAAGGCCAUGAUCCACGUGUCGACGGCGUACUCAAACGCGGACAAGAUGACGAUCCAGGAGAGCGUGUACAAGCCGCCCAACGAUCCUGCGUUCGUGAUCAACUGCUGCCAGAAGAUGUCGGAGGACGAUCUGCGCGACUUGGGCCGCCGUAUGCAGGGCAAUCACCCGAACACGUACACCAUGACUAAAGCCAUGGCCGAGUGGGUGGUCGCGGAACAAGUGGACGACAUACCCGCGGCCAUCGUCAGGCCCAGUAUAGUGACCGCUGCUUGGAGAGAACCGUUCGAAGGAUGGGUGGACAAUGUGAGUGGCAUCACGGGCAUCAUGAUGGAAAUCGGACGAGGAACGAUCAGAAGCAUAGUUUGCGAUCAGAAGCUCCGGGUGGACAUCGUACCGGUGGACAUCUUGGUGAACACAUUGAUAACAUCGGCCUGGCACACGGCUACGUACAGGCAAAACGCCGUGAGAGUGUACAAUUGCACGUCGGGCGCGUUGAACCCGCUGCGCUGGGAAGAGCUGGGCAACCUGUGCCAAUACCACUCGUUGACCGCCCCAUCCAAAUACUUGCAAUGGUACCCGGGGUUCUCGUUCCGGACCAACCGCAUGGUGCACAGGUUGUGCGAGAUCCUGUUCCAUUUCGUACCCGCUUUCGUGCUGGACAUCGUCUUCCGGCUGACCGGCUCAAAACCCAUAAUGAUGAAAAUAUAUCGUCGCUUCAAAAUGGCCGCUCGAACCGGAGAGUUUUUCGCGUUGCACCAAUGGGACUUCAUUAGCAAAAAUAUCCAGGAACUUGACAAAGACAUCACAUCUUCCGCUGAUAGACGUACAUUCCCCGUUGACAUUAGACAAGUGGUGUGGGAUACUUAUGUCAAAGAUUAUGUGUUCGGCAUACGGAACUUUGUACUCAAAGACCCACCAUCAACAAUUCCCCAAGCUUUGAGCAAAUUACAAAAAUUUUAUUGGAUGCACAGGAUGGCACAAUGUGUGUUUGUUGGGAUGGUUAUACACGUUCUCAAAUCAAAAUGAUUGAAAUAAGAUUUUAUUUUUGUAUAAUAUUAAAUAAAUAUGGUUUAGCUAUGA